AUGAAUUCCAUCAGCUUCCUUGUUGCUCUUUUCGGAGUAUGCUCUGCCCAAUAUGUUGCGUGGCCAGCUUCUUCAUACAGCCCAUACUAUGCUCGCUAUUACAGCGCAGCAUUGGCACCUGUAGCUGCUAGCCCUGCAUUUGCUGCCGCUCCAGCAUUCGCUGCCCCAGUUGCUGCCUCACCAGCUCUUGCUCAACCAAUCGCUGCCGGACCAGCUUUGGCUGCCGCUGCUGCCAAUGGAGCUCCUAUCGCCUACAGCGCUCCCCUUGCCGCCCCAGCUUACGCUGCCCCAGUUGCUGCCGCUCCAGCCUUCGCCGCUCCUGCCUACGCCGCUCCAGCUUACGCUGCCCCAGCAUAUGCUCCAGGCCCAGUAGCCGCAGCCCCAGCUCUUGCCGCUCCAGCUUAUGCUGCUCCAGCCCUUGCUGCCCCAGCUUACGCUGCUCCAGUUGCUGCUGCUCCAGCUCUUGCCGCCCCAGCUCUUGCCGCCCCAGCUCUUGCCGCCCCAGCCCUUGCUGCCCCAGCUUACGCUGCUCCAGUUGCUGCCGCUCCAGCUUACGCUGCCCCAGUUGCUGCUGCCCCAGUAGCUGCUGCUCCAGCUUUCGCCCCAGUAGCCGCUGCUCCAGCUUUCGCCCCAGGUGCUCCAGCCCUCGUCCCAGCUUAUGCUCCAUUCCAAACAACUGCUUAUUUCAUUGGAUCCAACAAGGCUAAAACUGAAUCUGUCAAAGCUUAA